CUUUGUGGCAUAAAUUCAACAAGAUGCUGGAAACAUUUCUCAGAGAUUUUGGUCCGAAAAUGCCUUGUUGAUGUCAGAGUUCAGAGGAGAAUGGUCAGACUCGUUCAAGCUGAUAGAAAGCCAACAGUAACUCAAAUAACCACUCGUUACAACCAAAGUAUGCAGAAGAGCAUCUCUGAACUCAGAACAUGUCGAACCUUUAAGCAGAUGGGCUACAGGCUCACCAAAAUUGGACAACAGAAGAUUGGAAAAGCAUUGUCCGCUGGUGUGAAUCUAGAUUUCUGCUGCGACAUUCAGAUAGUAGGAUCAUAAUUUGGUGUAAAUAACAUAAAAGCAUGGAUCCAACCUGCCUUGUAUCAAUGGCUACUGUUGGUGGUGUAAUGGUGUUGGGGAAUUAGUUCACUCCACUCAAAUGGCCUCCAUAGUCAAUAGAUCUCAAUCCAAUAGAGCACUUUGGAUGUGGUGGAACAAGAGAUUCGCAUCAUGGACGUGCAGCUGACAAAUCUGCAGCAAUUGUGUGAUGCUAUCAUGUCAUUAUGGACCUGUCUGUGUGCAUCUGAAAACGACAAAGAUAGAGUUUUAAGGAUAAUAUAACAGUGAAAAGUCCAUCUAGAAAAAACAUUUUGAAAUCUCAAGUCUGUACCUUUAACCUGAGCUGUUAUAUCAAAAGGUUCAAAGUCUAACUUGAUUUCAAACACUGCUCUUAGAACACCUAAAAGGUACGAGAGAAAACCCCAGAGCGCUGAAGAGCUGUAAUCAAUGGACAUUCCAAUAUUUACUGUUGAUGCUUUUACCAAUGUACCUUUCAAAGGUAAUCCUGCCGCAGUAUGUCUUAUGGAGAAUGAGCUGCAAGAUGAGCUUUAUCAAAGCAUUGCCGCUGAAAUGAAUUUAUCAGAGACUGCUUUCAUCACAAGACUGAAUUCGAUGGAUUUUUCCUCAGGUGUAAAGUUUGGGUUACGCUGGUUUAGCACUAAAACUGAGGUUGCACUUUGUGGACAUGCAACACUGGCCUCAGCAGCGGUGCUCUUUUACAUUAAAAAGAAUAUCAACCCUGUUGUGGUGUUUGAGACAAUGAGUGGGGAUCUUAAGGUGCGCCAGCAUGAAGAAUCUCUAAUAAUGGACUUCCCCUUAAACAAACCAAAGCCCCAGGACCAACAUGAAAUCAAGGAUCUUUUGAAGGCUGCUGUUGGAGACUUACCCAUUCAGGAUGUGUGCUACUGCCCAUCCACAAAGAAACUAAUAAUUCGUCUAGCUGACACAUGCGACAGGUCUGAUCUAAUCUCUUUGAGGCCAGAGGCAGAGACUCUUCUGAGAAAUGAGACCACUGGUAAAAUUAAAAGUCUCAUCGUUACAUUGAAAGGACUACGGACCACUCAGUCUAGAUAUGACUUUUACUCCCGUGUCUUCGCACCCUGGGUUGGUGUCCCUGAAGAUCCAGUCACUGGGUCUGCACAUACAGUCCUUGCUGGCUAUUGGUCUGAGAAGCUGGAGAAAAAGAAAAUGAUGGCUUACCAGUGUUCCAGUCGUGGUGGUCAGGUAAAGCUGCAGAUAAGAGAUGACGGUCGACUGGACAUCAUUGGUCAGGCGCAGAUCAUUCUUCAGGGAACUUUUAAAAUCUAAACAAUCUUGCAUAACCAAUUCAUUGAAUUUGUGGAUAGUUUUGAUAGAAAUUAAGUGCAUUUAAUUUUCACUUUAUAUUAAAAAACAAAAACAAAAAAAAAACAAUCACAUUUUAAAGAAGAAAAAUAAAUCAUCCACUGACUUUCAAAGCUGCUACAUGGAAACGCCUUAAUGUAGUGGAGUGAAAAGUACAAUAUUUGUCUUUAAAAUGUAGUUAGUCAUAAGUUUCAAGAAAAAAAUAACACUUAAGUACAGAUACUAAAAAAGUGUACUUAAGUACAGAACUCAAGUAAAUGUCCCUACUUUGUUACUUACCUUUGAUGUUAUUUAUAUAAAAUAUGACUUAUUGAAAAAUAAUUCAGGGGACAGGGGACGUAGAAUAGAAUGCAAUAAUUUUUAUUAAACAAAGUCUUUAAAUUCUUAAAACAGGAGAAAUAACAUUAAACAAGUACAAAUAUGUAUAAAUGCACAUACACAAAACAGUUAUGACACUACAUGGAUAAAACUGUAAUUGAUGUAAAAAACAUAUGAUAUGAGGUAGGAAUUUUUUGAGUGAAGAUAAUUGUAAUUAUGUAAGCAUGUACUAAGGCCUGUCAAUACUGCUGAUUCUAUAUUAAAUUUGACAUCUAUCAUUAAAA